UUGACGUGAUCUGAAGGCGCGCGCGAAACUCCUGUGAGCUCCCUAGCUUGUAUGUUUGUGUUUAAACUUAAACUUACCUUUUCACCGCAUUUUAAGUUUGUUACAUAUUUUAUUUUCAGGUAUGGAUAUUUCCACAGUACCGUGUCGUGUUCACAGUAAAUAGUUUCCUACAGUAUUCCUCGUUUUGAUCGCAUUUUGACUGAAUACCGGGAGGUCGUCGUCUCCAGUCUCGUGAAUGUAACUGAACGUUAAGCUAACGUUGACUUGCCUGUAUGUAGCUGCAUGUAACUAAGCUAACCUCUUCACAGUGUAAUAUACAAAGUGUUUUGGUUGGUUGUACGAAGAUGACAGCGCUGUUACAGCAUCCGGGAUAUGAGGAGGAGAGGCUGCAGAGGGUCGCAGAGCAGCUGCCUUGCAGAGAGGUCCAGGCGGGGAUGCUUCUGUCGCUCAUGGGACAGCCACAGCAGUACAGCUACCCCUCUAUCUUCAUCUAUGGUCAUCGGGCUUCAGGGAAGAGUCAUGUGAUGCAAGUUUUGCUGAAGGAACUUGAGCUGCCUCACACCACAGUCAGCUGUGUCGAAUGUGUUUCCGUUGCGUUGCUGUUUGAACAAGUGCUGCUGUCCUUCUUUGGCUGCGAUGCUGCCUCGCUGCUCCCCCGCAGUCCCUCCCUGUCUGACUUUGUACGCAUCUACAGACAGCAUUGCUCCCAGUCUCCUGCCAAGCAGACGCGAUACAUUGUAAUGGAAAAAGCCGAGCUUCUGAGAGACACCGAUGCCAAUCUCCUCCCUGCUCUUCUGCGUCUUCAGGAAUUGGUUGAGGACAAUGUUACCGUCAUCCUGCUCAGUGAAAUCGUCUGGGACCUGUUCAGACCAAACACCGGCUGUUUCGAGCCCCUUCUGCUCCAUUUCCCCGACUACAGUAAAGGUGAGCUGCAGCAGAUUUUGUCUCAGGACAGACAUCCUUCAUAUUCGGCUGAGUUUUACUCCUCCUACAUCAACAUCCUGCUGGGAGUCUUUUACUCGGUCUGUCGGGACCUCAGAGAGCUGCGACACCUGGCUGCCCUCAACUUUUCAAAGUUCUGUGAGCCGUUGGCAGAAGGAAAAGUGAAAGAGACUGACACACACAAGCUCUGGAGAAACAUCGAGCCUCAUUUGAAAAAAGCCAUGCAGACUGUUUACCUGCGAGAAGUCUCGAGUCUUCAGUGGGAGCAGAUGCAGCAAAUGGAGGAGAAGGAGACUGGAGCCUUGAGAGGUUUAUCUGCUCACACUCAUGUUGAACUCCCUUAUUACUCCAAGUUCCUGUUGAUUGCUGCCUACCUGGCAUCCUACAACCCUGCCCGCACUGAUAAACGCUUCUUUCUAAAGCACCACGGUAAAAUAAGAAAAACAAAUUUCAUGAAGAAAAAUGAAAAGACAAGUAACCAUCUUUUGGGGCCAAAGCCCUUCCCUCUGGACCGCCUGCUCGCCAUUUUCUACAGUGUGGUGGACAGCAGAGUCGCCCCGACUGCCAGCAUCUUCUCCCAGAUCUCCUCACUUGUAACCUUACAGCUGUUGACUCAGGUCAGUCAUGACGACCAGCUCGAUGCCCCAAAGUACAAAUGUGCUGUGUCUAUGGACUUCAUCUGUGCCAUAUCCAGGACAGUGAAUUUUGAUAUUGUCAAGUACCUGUAUGACUUCCUGUGAGCCUCCUGUGAACAAAGGAGAGAAAAGGGGGAUUUAUACACUUAAGGACGAGCAUUCGGCAAAACGAGGAGCUCAGACUAUUGUUGGGAAUUUUGUGGAGGAAAAUUAAUCCAAUUAUGUCGCUGCCCCCUUGUGGUUGAAAGUCUUUGUGCCUCAGAAUGUGGAAAAAAACAUGACUGUCCAUGUUAAAUAUUUGAAUUUGUGUUAAAAAAAAAAAAAAAAAAGCCAUAUUGGCAUUCGCUUUAUAUUUGUUUUAGUUCUGUUAAAAGCCUAUGUUGAGUUUGCUAUGUAUUAAAAGGACAUUUCCAAAGAGA